GGGUGUAUAAAUAUGUGACGACUCGUACUGUUCCAAGUCACACAGCUGUAUGUUCAUCCUCUCUGCAACAGGCAUCACUACAGCAAAGAUGGCAUCAGGUUUUCACUUGGCUUUCUUCCUCUGUCUGGUUAGCGGACUGUUGAUUGCAGGAACUGUAGGGUCCACCAGGAUUAGCAGGUCUGCAGACUGUCCUUCUGGUUGGAGCCGGUAUGGUUCUCGCUGUUUCAAUGUUUUCACCGAUCAACGGAGCAUGGCUGAUGCAGAGCUAAUCUGCAUUGCUCACGGUGGGAACCUGGCCUCAAUCCACAACAUCCAUGAACACUACGUCAUUAGGAAUCUGAUUCACCAGAGGUAUCAGGCGUAUGUAAAUGCCUGGAUUGGGCACUUUGAUGCAAUACAGGAGGGAAGGUGGAUGUGGACUGAUGGUUCGGGGUCCACAUUCAGAUACUGGGCUCAUGGGGAGCCUAACAACCACGGAGGAGAACACUGUACAGAGAUCAACUUCAGAGGAAACGCUUGGAACGAUGAGCACUGUAACUCCAGGAGACCUUUUGUUUGUGCCAGGAAAGUGUGAAGCCUCCCACCAUCUUCCAUCAUAUAUACCAUUAUGAUGUUACUUCCACCAGUAUGACGCUACUAUUACGUCUACAAUGUUAUACUUUAAUAGCAAACUUGCUGUAAUGAUUCACUUCCAAUUUAAUGUUUCCACAUCAAAUUACUACAAAUCAGUUAAUAGAAAUAUCACUCUGAUUAUUCACUCUGACUAAAUAGAUUAAAAUGGGAUUUAAAAACGUGAUUUUUUAAUGAGGGGAAAAUUUAUUUUUCUUGUGAUUUUUUCAUUUACUUCAAUUUUUUAACACAAUAUAGUUACAAUCUCAAUCACUGCAAAACA